AUGAAAAUCUCCUUGGCCCUGCUCAUCCUGCUGCUGGCAGCUGCCUGGACUGGAAGCCAGGGGAUGUCCUUCCGCAGGUCCAGAGCCAACUGCUGCUCCAAGGGAAUGUUCUCCCAUCGGAAAAUCCCCGAGUUCAGGAUCCGGGGCUACCUGCAAACAGCCCCCACCUGCACCCACAGGGCUGUUCUUGUGAAGCUGCCAAAGGGGAUGGUCUGUGUGGACCCAGAGGAGAAAUGGCUCCAGGAGUACCUGAGGAAGCAGAAGGAGCCAAACAGCACCACCACGUGAAGCUGCCUUCCCCAAAUCU